GUGAAAAUUCGUCUACCGGCAAAAAACUGAAAAUGACUGCAUUCGAAGAAAUGGGUGUCAUGCCAGAGCUUGGACAGGCAGUCGAAGAAAUGGAUUGGAGUUUGCCCACAGAUGUGCAGGCCGAAGCCAUUCCAAUGAUACUGGGAGGAGGAGAUGUUUUAAUGGCAGCAGAAACUGGAAGUGGAAAAACUGGGGCAUUUUGUCUGCCAAUCAUCCAAAUUGUGUACGAGACACUUCGAGACCAACAGGAAGGAAAAGGGAGCAAACUCUCCUCGCACCAUUCUGGUCAAUCGUCCAGUGCACAUUGGAAGAUGAAUCCAUAUGACAGGGGAGAUGCCAUGGCAAUAGACCCAGAAGGAUUGUUAUGUCAGGCCAGAGAUCCGCAGGGCUGGCACGGAACCAGAAGUAACAAAGCUGUUGUGGGUGGAGGAAAGUACUAUUAUGAAGCCACAGUAACAGAUGAGGGUUUAUGUCGAGUGGGGUGGUCCACAGAUAAAGCUACUCUAGAAUUGGGUAUAGACAAGUUUGGGUUUGGAUUUGGAGGAACUGGCAAGAAGUCUUGGGGCAAGCAGUUUGACAGUUAUGGAGAGGCUUAUGGAAUCAACGACACCAUUGGUUGUUAUCUGGAUUUGGACAGGUUGGAAAUCAAGUGGUCAAAAAAUGGAGUGGAUUUUGGUAAAGCUUAUGACAUCCAAGCACAUCUUAAAAAUGAGAAGUUCUUUGCUGCUGUUACUCUGAAGAAUGCUGAAAUGAAGUUCAACUUUGGAAACACUCCAUUCAAGUAUCCACCUAAGGGUGGAUUUAUUGCACUAAGUAAUGCAGCCUCUGAUCAUGUUGUGCAGUCCAGAAUUGUAGCACAUGGAGCUGUCAAUGCUAAGCCAGCCCCUAAUGCCCCUCAGGCCAUCAUUAUUGAGCCUUCCAGGGAACUUGCUGAUCAGACAUUCAACCAGAUCCAAAAGUUCAAAGUUCAUCUCAGCAAUCCCACAAUCAGAGAAUUGCUCAUUAUUGGUGGUGUCAAUGUGAGAGAUCAGGUGGAAACACUAGAAAAAGGGGUUGACAUUGUGGUGGGAACCCCAGGUCGUCUGGAAGACCUAAUAUCUACGGGAAAGUUGGCCCUACAUCAGUGCAGGUUCUUUGUCCUUGAUGAGGCAGAUGGGCUUUUGUCUGCUGGUUAUGGUGAGAUGAUCAACAGACUUCACCAACAGAUCCCUAAGGUCACUAACGAUGGCAAGCGUCUUCAGAUGAUCGUCUGCUCAGCUACUCUGCACUCUUUUGAUGUCAAGAAAAUGGCUGAGAGAUUGAUGUAUUUUCCGACCUGGAUUGAUCUGAAAGGGCAGGAUGCAGUGCCAGAAACUGUCCACCAUGUGGUUUGUGAUGUUGAUCCGGAAACAGACACUCGAUGGAAAUCUCUCAAGACCCACAUGGAAACAGACGGGGUGCACUACAAUGACAAAUUCUCACCAAACAAUCCCUCAAGAGAAACCCUAUCUGAAGCUGUGAAGAUUUUAAAGGGGGAGUACGUCAUUCAAGCUCUGGAGGAGCACAAGAUGGAUAAAGCCCUCAUCUUCUGCCGGACCAAGCUGGACUGUGACAACUUAGAAAAGUACCUCCAACAGAGGGGAGGAGGCAAGUACUCGUGUGUUUGUUUGCACGGUGAUAGAAAGCCACAGGAAAGGAAAGCAAAUUUACAGAAGUUUAAGGAUAAUAAAGUGAAGUAUCUGAUUUGUACAGACGUAGCAGCCAGGGGCAUUGACAUCACUGGUUUACCAUACGUUAUUAAUGUUACACUCCCAGAUGAGAAGCAGAACUAUAUCCAUCGGAUUGGGAGAGUGGGUAGAGCAGAAAGAAUGGGUCUUGCAAUAUCUCUAGUCGCCACAGUGAAGGAGAAGGUUUGGUAUCACUCUAACUGUAACACGAAAGGGAGGGGCUGUUACAACACAAACCUAACGGACCACGGGGGAUGCUGUAUCUGGUAUGAUGAACCAAAGUUACUUGAGGAUGUACAGGAACAUCUAGAUAUCACUAUUGACAAGGUGGAUCCGAAAAUGAAAGUUCCUGUCAAUGAGUUUGAUGGUAAAGUGACUUACGGACAGAAACACAAAAAUACUGGUGGAACUUACAUGGGACAUGCAGCAUCAUUGGCACCAGCUGUGAAAGAGUUGGCAGAACUAGAGAAGAGAGCUCAGACUUCAUUCAUCGACUUAAAGUACAGAAAGUUCGUCCAGCGUUAACAAAUUGUUUCUUUGCAGCACUUCAUUGCCAAUAUGAUUUGACAUUUAUUGCAAUCUUUGAUGGGAAAUCUAUAAGAAAAAUAGUUUUAGUAGCAGCUUAAAAAAAUAUUGCUUGAAAAUGCAUUUCUAUUCCAUGAUUUCAGGCUAAUAAAAUUGUCUUGCAGUCA